UAGGGUGUUGUGGGUUGGGGGACCGACAAAGUUGGCUCAAGUUGGCUGUCAAAAAUAAGGAUGCAGAGGGUGACAGAUUUCCACCAGGAAAAGAAAGGAGGGUGAAAGCCCUCCAUCUGAUCCAAGGGGGUGGGAACUAGUGAGGUCUGUUGGGCUGAGCAGCAAAGACAUAAUCGUAGAGACGUCCAUCUGGCUGCAUCAACAGGAAGAAAAUGAAUCUAGGCUAAUUCAAGCAGAGACAAGGGUUUCAGGAGACACUUUGUAGGGCUGUCUCUGGGGCAAGUCCCUGGAGGACCUGUCAAUAGAGUGUGAAGUCUGUUUUGUAUCUAGGGCGAGGGGCAGCUCACUCUCCUCUCAAGGCAGUCCUGCCUGCAUUUCCCAUCUAGCUCCCAUUAACCGGCAGCCUAGUUCCAAGAGAACCAUGAAUUUUUUUUGUUUGGCGUCCUAGAACCUUGGCCCAUGCUAUCAGAGGCCCAGCGUUCUACUCCCAUCCCCCUUAUGCUGGACUAUCUGCAGGUGAUGUUCCCUGUUUUCCUGGGUGAGCAGGUUCCUUCUGAGACACUGGCAGUCACCCUGGCGGAAUUGGAUGUGAACGUACGGGUGCUCGAGGACAAGUUCCUCCAGGACAAGGCCUUCCUUGUUGGGCCCCACGUCUCCCUGGCUGACUUGGUCGCCAUCACAGAGUUGAUGCAUCCUAUAGGUGGCGGCUGCCCUGUCUUUGAAGGGCAUCCCAAGCUGGCUGCAUGGUACCAUCGAGUUGAGACAGUGGUGGGAAAGGAGCUCUUCCGUGAGGCCAAUGAGGUCAUCCUGAAGGCUAAGGACUCUCCUCCUGUCAACCCCAUCUUAAAGCAGAAGCUGAUGUCUAGAGUGCUGACCAUGAUCCAGUGAGGGCAGAACCUCCUCCCUGCACUGCCCAUGGGUGUUCACAAAGCCUCACAGCACAACGGUUCUUAGGCCAGGCUCCAUCUUCACCCUCUUUCCACGAUAGCCACACAUGACCACGACUAAAUUGCUAGCUUUAACUUUUUGAGUUCGGAUAAUAAACCUAGC